CCUCAAAAAAAAAAAAAAAACCAAUAGAAAUAAUUAGUCGUAGAGUCGUAAUACUGUACAAUUUUGCCGAGUAGAAGAUUCAGAACAGAAGCCAAAAGGGCGCCCUUACUCUUCCUAUUAUUUUCCCCAAAUUGAAGAGCUGAGGAUCAAUAUAUCAAAUUCAGAGGAACGAAAUUGGGGGCAUAUUCAAAGUUUUCCAGAAAUUGAACUCAAUCAUUCACUAGGUUGUGAUAGAUGUUUUAAGUUUAUGAGUUGUUAGAGGAUAUAUGAAGUGUUAGAAUGGAUGAUCAAGUGGGUAUUCCCGAUGAUUUGCGUUGUAAGAGGUCGGAUGGUAAACAAUGGAGGUGUACUGCUAUGUCUAUGCCGGAUAAAACCGUAUGUGAGAAGCACUACAUUCAGGCGAAGAAGAGAGCAGCGAAUUCUGCGUUACGAGCCAGUUUAAAGAAAGCAAAGAGGAAAUCUAUGGGUGAAACUGGAAGUCCUAUUUAUAUGGAGAGUAGAAGUGACGAUAACAACAAGGAUAUGUCACUACAAGUGCAGGAUUUUCCUGUUUCAGGUUUACCAAACAAUCCCAAGGAUCGGAUGCCAACCAAUGGAGAGGAUGAUAUGCAAACAGACUUGGAUUAUCAUGAUCAAAGUCGAAGGUCUUACACUCCUUAUGGCAUAGAAUCCUCAAGGAACAUGUCACAGAAGAGCAUUGAUGAUGGUGCUAUGGUUACUAGUGAGGUUCAUUCUGAUGCUAGCACAGAUUCUACAAAUGACACUGGUGGACUUACUUGCCAUCAGUGUCGAAGGAGUAACAAAGUUUCAGUUAUUUGGUGCCAUAAAUGUGAUAGAAAAGGAUAUUGUGAAAGCUGCAUUAGUACAUGGUAUGCAAACAUUUCUUUGGAAGAGAUCCAAAGAGUUUGCCCUGCAUGUCGCGGCAUGUGUAAUUGUAAGUUGUGCUCCAGGGUGGAUAAUUUGAUUAAGGCAAAAAUAAGGGAGAUACCUGUGCUGGACAAGCUACAAUACCUCUAUUGCUUGCUAUCGUCGGUGCUUCCUGUGGUUAAGGAGAUCCACCAGCAACAGUGUGCUGAAGUGGAAUUACAGAAGAAGCUACAUGGAGCCGAAGUGGAUCUAGAGAGGACGAAAUUGAAUGCAGAUGAGCAGAUGUGCUGUGAUUGCUGCAGAGUUCCAAUUGUAGAUUACCACCGGCACUGCUCAGUUUGCUCGUAUGAUCUUUGCCUCAGAUGCUGUCAAGAUCUUCGUAGUGAAACUCUGGCUGUUGCAAAAGAUGAUGUAGUGGACAAUUAUAGCUCUGAGAAAAAUCAAUUGGGAGAGGUUCUGAAAGAGCAUCAAGCUUCACCAAACCAUAAGCUUUUGCUAAGCGUGAAGUUUCCUGGUUGGAGAGCAAGUAUAGAUGGUAGUGUACCUUGCCUUCCGAGGGAACAUGGUGGUUGUGGUUGCCCUUAUCUAACUCUUCGGCGAAUUUUCAAGAUGAAUUGGGUUGCUAAACUGGUAAAAAAUCUAGAAGAAAUGGUUAGUGGUUGCAAGGUUAAAGGCAUUAGUAACUGUUCAGACUCUAGAUCACUUAGCUCUAGGUUCCUUGAAUGUGCAUCACGUAAAGAGAGUGAUGACAAUUUCUUAUAUUGUCCAUCUGCUCAAGACAUUAAACUUGAUGGCGUUGUAAACUUCCAAAAACAUUGGGUGAAGGGUGAACCUGUCCUUGUUAAGCACGUCUGUGAUGGUUCAUCAAGCACAAGCUGGGACCCUAUGGUUAUAUGGAGGGAAAUUUGUGAAUCUACUGAUGAGAGGAUGAAUGAUGCUAGUAAAAUGGUGAAAGCUGUUGAUUGCUUAGACUGGUCUGAGGUUGAUAUAGAACUUGGGCAAUUCAUGAAAGGAUACUCAGAGGGGCUUCUUCGUGAAAAUGGUAGCCUGCAAAUGUUGAAGUUGAAAGACUGGCCAUCACCUAGUGCAUCUGAAGAGUUCUUUUUGUACCAAAGGCCUGAAUUUAUAAGUAAAGUGCCAUUUCUUGAAUUUAUCCAUUCAAAGUGGGGGCUUUUGAAUGUUGCUGCAAAAUUACCGCAUUAUUCCCUGCAAAAUGAUGUUGGACCUAAGAUAUUCAUCUCGUAUGGACUAUCUGAAGAGUUAGGUACAGGUGACUCAGUGACUAAUCUUCAUUUGAACAUGCGUGAUAUGGUAUACCUCUUGGUGCAUUCUUGUGAAAUGAAAGUUAAAGAAAACAAUGCCAAGAUACAGAAAGCUUGUGGGGAAACUCAGGUGCAAAAUUUUUCUGGAUAUCCAUGCAGGGACUUGAAUGAAGAAGUUCCAGUUAGUUUACCCGUUGAUGGAGAUGAUAGGGAAAAUAUAAAUAAGGGUAAGCUUGACAUAAAUUUAGAUGAGCAAAUGGAAGAUACCGAAUGCCAAAAAUCCGAUCUUGGACGUGAGCAAAUGGAACAAGGAGUAAUUUCCUGUGACAAACAUCCAGGGGCCAUUUGGGAUGUCUUUCGACGGGAGGAUGUUCCAAAGCUAACUUUGUAUCUUAGAUCACAUUGGGAGGAAUUCGGAAUGUCCAAUACGGUUACUAGCCCUCUCUAUAGUGAAGCAGUGUAUCUGAAUGAUCACCAUAAACAAAAGUUGAUUGAGGAAUUCGGGGUUGAACCGUGGUCAUUUGAACAACACUUAGGCCAAGCCGUGUUUGUUCCUGCCGGAUGUCCAUUCCAAGUAAGAAAUCUUCAGUCCACGGUUCAGUUGGGUCUCGAUUUUUUGUCACCUGAGAGCUUAGAGCAGGCAGUGAAACUGGCAGAAGAAAUUCGCUGUCUUUCAAAUGAUCAUGCAACAAAGCUACAAAUGGUAGAGGUUGGAAAGAUAUCGCUAUAUGCAGCUAGUUCUGCAAUCAAAGAGGUGCAGAAGCUGGUUCUUGACCCAAAGCUUGGCCCAGAGCUUGUGUUUGAGGAUCGUAAUCUGACUGCAGUGGUUUCAGAGAAUCUGGAAAGAAUGACGAAACAGAGACAAUCUGUCUGUGCAUGAACCAAUGUAUAUUCACAUCUUGAGAAUCGCCUCUCAGGUUUGAUCUCAGCAAUGUAGCCUUCACAUCUGGACGUCGAGUGGGAGCAGUUAUUGUUCUGAUAACAGCUUCUCCUACCUCUUUUGGUCCUCCAAAGGCUUCUAUCCUGUGAACAAAAUAUGAUUCAAAAACCAAAAUAGUUCCUUAUUGGUGUGGAGGUGCUAUUGUGCUAAUAUAACUCUCUUUAAAUUUUGUUUAUUUGACUCAAAAAUUAAAAUGUUCCUAUUGCAGUAAAUGUUGAACUGUUGAUUGUUACAGCUAACAUUAGAGAAACCAGUGGUUAUAGCUUAAGAUAGGUGAAGGAUCAAAAGUACAUAGUUGAUACAUGUACAACUCGUGCCAUUAGUUUACAAUGUUCUUUAAAUAGAAUU